UGCUUCUCGUAAAUCUCCACUUCAUACGUUUGAAUCUGAAAACCUUUAAUUGCCUAUGGUAGGCAGUUUAUGAUAAAUGGAACCGGAGACAGAGCUGCUCUGUGGAAGAAUUAGGAAGAGAAACGGUGCGCGGAUGCAUUUAAGAGUUGGUCCGGUGAUUCGGAGAGAUGCCCGGUGGUUCGCAUCACUUUCAACCCAACUCUCUGCUCCGCUCAUGUAACGGCGCACUUCAUAGGACUCAGAGGCGGGUCCUAACAGCGUCACACUGCUCUCCUGUUGCUCUGAGAGGAGGCAGGCCGGUGUUUUUCCACUGUCUCAUGUCCCCCCGUUUGGAGAGACAAAGGUCAGAAAGAGAGGCUUAUAAACACGCUAACAUAUAGGCUCCCGACACGCUCAGCCCUCAGUCGCUCUCAGAGACACAGGAGGACACGGACAAGACGAAACCUACAAGGGACUGCUCAAAGGACAUUAAAAGGACAAAAUAACAAACAGAGCAGAAUGGCUCAAAAAGAGAAACUCCAGUGCCUGAAGGACUUCCAUAAGGACACUCUGAAACCAUCUCCAGGUAAAAGCCCUGGCACCCGGCCUGAAGACGAAGCAGAGGGCAAACACCCCCAGCGUGAGAAGUGGGCGAGCAAACUGGACUUUGUUCUGUCCGUGGCUGGCGGCUUUGUUGGUUUAGGGAACGUCUGGCGUUUCCCGUACCUCUGCUACAAGAAUGGUGGAGGUGCAUUUCUCAUCCCCUACUUCAUUUUCCUGUUUGGCGGAGGUCUACCAGUCUUCUUCCUGGAGGUUUCCCUGGGUCAGUUCACCUCCGAGGGUGGCAUCACCUGCUGGGAGAAGCUCUGCCCCAUCUUUACUGGUAUUGGUUACGCCUCCGUUGUGAUCGUGUCUCUGCUGAAUGUCUACUACAUCGUCAUCCUGGCCUGGGGUCUCUACUAUCUGUUCCAGUGUUUUCAGCCGGAGCUGCCCUGGGCCAAGUGCAAUCAGCCCUGGAACACGGAUCGAUGCAUCGAGGACACCUUCCGCAAGAACAAAUCCCUUUUGCUGGGUGCCAACAUCACCAACUUCUCUAACUUCACCUCCCCCGUCACCGAGUUCUGGGAACAUAAUGUGCUGGGCAUCAGCAAUGGGAUCGAGGAUAUAGGUCCUGUUAAAUGGGAUCUGGCUCUGUGUCUUCUGCUGGUCUGGGUCAUCUGCUUCUUCUGCAUCUGGAAGGGAGUCAAGACUACUGGCAAGGUGGUCUACGUCACAGCAACGUUCCCUUUCGUCAUGCUCAUCGUUCUGUUGAUCCGUGGUGUGACCCUGCCGGGAGCUUCUGCCGGCAUCAAAUUCUACCUGUACCCCGACCUGGCUCGUCUGCAGGACCCAGAGGUGUGGAUUGACGCCGGUACCCAAAUCUUCUUUUCCUAUGCCAUCUGUUUGGGCGCCAUGACCUCCUUGGGGAGCUACAACAAGUACAAAUACAACUGCUACAGGGACUGUUUGCUGCUGGGAGCCCUCAACAGUGGUACCAGUUUUGUGUCUGGCUUCGCAAUAUUUUCCGUCCUGGGCUUCAUGGCACAAGAGCAAGGGGUGGACAUUGCUGAUGUGGCAGAGUCAGGUCCAGGCCUGGCGUUCAUAGCCUAUCCCAAGGCUGUAUCCAUGAUGCCUUUCCCUACAGUGUGGGCAGUGCUCUUCUUCGUUAUGCUGCUGCUGCUUGGCCUCGACAGUCAGUUUGUGGAGGUGGAAGGGCAGAUCACAUCACUGGUGGAUCUGUAUCCGUCCUUCCUAAGGAAGGGUUACCGCAGAGAGAUCUUCAUCGCUAUCAUCUGCAGCAUCAGCUACCUGUUUGGACUCACCAUGGUUACCAAGGGUGGCAUGUAUGUUUUCCAGCUGUUUGAUUACUAUGCAGCUAGCGGUGUGUGCCUUCUGUGGGUGGCAUUCUUUGAAUGUAUAGCUGUUGCCUGGGUUUAUGGUGCUGAUAAUUACUAUGAUGCACUUGAGGACAUGCUGGGCUACAGACCAAAUGCUUGGAUGAAAUAUAGCUGGAGUUAUAUCACUCCUAUACUGUGCAUGGGCUGCUUGAUCUUCUCCUUGGUCAAGUACAAGCCACUGACGUACAACAAGGUCUACGAGUAUCCUGAAUGGGCCAUUGGAAUUGGUUGGGGUCUGGCCUUGACCUCCAUGAUCUGCAUCCCCAUGGUGGUUGUGAUCAAGAUCCUCCGUUCUGACGGGCCGCUCAUCGAGAGGAUCAAAGCGGUGGCAGCCCCGAUUCGCGGGGGGGCCAGCUCCCGCCCCGCAGACCACCGUGGCCUCAAGGAGCUCUCCUACCCUCUGGACCCCAACGGGAACAAGGGCCUGUUGAUGAAGGCUCCCACCCACACCAUCGUAGAGACCAUGAUGUAAAGGAAUGAGGCGGAGGCUCUCUAUGAGAACGCUCUCCUCUCCUGUCCUCUGAAAUGCUUCUAAAGCUUGCUAGUUUUCUGUCUAUCUGUCUAUCUGUCUGUCUGGUGGACUGAUAAGGGUUUUAAGGAAGAAAAAAAAUCCCCCGGUUUCAAAUCUUCUAGGAAUACUUUGCAAGUAGUUUUCUCUUGGUGGGUUUUCUUAAGAGGGUAGCAAUCACAUUUCAAAUCUAUUUCUGAAACAAUUAAUGGUGCUGGUCUUUUUUCCCCGUGACUAAAUGUCCCACUCUUAACUUGUUCAAAGGCAGAGUGGCAAAUUACCACCAGGCUCCGGUCAUACGCCGGUACAUUUGUUUACGCUAAUUUUUCCAGAAAAUCGGAUCUAAAAAUGGACAAAAGUGGUCAUUGAGUAUUUGAAUCAAACAGCUUUUUGUAACCACCGAAUGAAAAAUGAUUAACCAAGAGAUCACAGAUAACCAUCAAACGUUUUUUUUUUGUCAUGUUCUUUGAAAAUAUAACAGCUGUGUGACUGUGAUACAAUGAACUGGGUGCACUUAGCUGAGGGCAAGUGCCAUUGGGUAAUUUUGAUUUAUUCUAGUUUAUUUAUCCAGUUGAGAUGAAGUAGAACAUGGAGUGGGUACAGCAUCAUUAAUUAAAAAAACAUCUGUUUAACCCAAUGCACAAUUAAAUAUAGACAUCUAUGAAGUCACAUGUUUCCCUUUUGAAAUCAGCAGUUCUUGAGAGAACAUUUUGGCAAGACUUUCGUGAGAACUAUGACCAACCUACAUUUCAAAAUGUGGCUUUGAAGUGUCUCAAUCUCAUACAUCCUCUAGAUUUGUUUCUGUGCUACAAUAGAUUAUACUACUACACAGAAUUCCCAAUAAAAAAUCCAAAUGUAGAAUUGUCACAGCCAUGAUUGCCAACAACCGCAAACAAACUAGCAUUCUGGUUUUUGCACCUUAGCACACUUAUCCCCAUCUUCCAUAGCAAUGAACUAUGGGUCAAAGAGAAACUAGCACUGAACGCAUCAGGAAACCCGCUCCUGCUGAAAGACAGAGGUAUCUGAAAGGAUUUGAAGUGUGGAGGUUGAACCCUUGAGUGUGUUGUCUGUGGCGUACUGUACAGUAGUAGCUAAUCAGUCUAUCUAUAUCUAUCUCUCUAUCUAUCUUUCUCUGUCCUAGACCAGUUUACAGUACAUUAGUGACUGCACUAGGCGCUCUUGGCUUACAAUUUUUGGAUUGGAUUAUUUUUUAUUUUACAGGGGAAGUUACAUUGUUAUUAGUUGUUCCUCUGUCAUUGUUUAGAUUUUUUUAUUAUGACUAUAAUGUUAUUGGUAUUCACUAUUGAUGAUAAUCGCUGUAGUUAAAGGAAAACGUCUUUUAUCGGGCGAACAUUUCAAGCUACAAAUCGUACAUAUACAGUGGCAGCCAUUGUAGUAAUAAUCCUCUUUGUUGAUUUCCUGCCAACUAUUCCGUCUUUUUAUUAUCAAAAAAAACCAAACAAUGCAACUGAUUUAUCCCAAAUAUUUUCUCCUGUGGUAGUGUGGGUCAAACAUUCAGUGAGCAGUUCAAUGUACUGUGAAACAAGGGAAUUCUACAAUGUGAGUUCCUGGUGUCGGGAGUUUAUAGCUUAUACUGUAAAUAUCAGGGGCCAUUAUUCCAUUUGGAUAAAUUCGGCUAAACAACACGGUAAUACAACAUGUCACCCCAGCGUCAGACUGUCCGAUCGUCUGAGGGUCAAUAUACUUUCCAGACACUGAAAUGUGGCAGCUGGCUGCAGACAAAUCAGAGCCAGUGAUUGACAAUGAAUGAGAUUAGUCAUGUUGUUGCUCAGUUUAUGAUUUCAAACCCCAAAUGUUCUAAAGAGCAAAUGAAAAGCUAGCUAACCACUCAUUGACACCUCCAUACAGGGAAUUGGGUGUCAAGUCAGGAUAAAUGUACUUCUGAUUUAGUUAAUAAAAGCUGUGAACUUAGACACUGUACAAGAUAAUGAUACCGGGAAGUUUAUCUGACACCGGUAAAACGGCAGACUAUUUGAGAAGUAUGACAUUUACAUUCCCCUGUAAAGUCCAACAUUUGUGCGUUCUGGGUGAGGAAUACUCAAUUAAAAUCAAUCAAAAUUGAUGUUUCUGUCUUAAAAGCCACACAGAUUAGAAAAUCAUGCAUUUACCAUACUUUCUUUAUCAACAAACCUGGGCAAAAAUAAUGAAAGAGUGAGUCAAUGCGACUUUUUUUUGCACCUUAUUUGUCAAAUCUGGCUUUCAUAUAAAAUGAUGAGGUCAACAAACUAAACACUGCCAUCAUUUUAAAAUAGAUAAAAAUGUUAAACUAUUCAUUCACAUGCAUUAUACAGUUACACAGUACAUGUGCAUUGCAGGAAUUUGACCUACAACAUCACAUCAGAAGUGAUUCUUGAGACCAUGGCCUCAUUAUUGUGUGUCAUAAGCUUUGAUUAUUGUUUUUGUCACUUUAUUUAAUUUCUUUCGACUAGAUAAAGUAGCUCAUAUCGUUAAAAGGGAUUUGUGAAACCAAAUCCGCAGCAGACAUCUAUUUUCAUACAGUAACAAAUGUUUCCUAUAUAAGUCGUCUUUGUACAGCUAAGCUCCCACUGCAGACCUCCCAUUUUAAUACGGAUACAAAGCUUCAUUGUAUUCUUAAACUUUUGUACAGAUCUGGCUCUUGAUUCCCCUGAAGGAUCUUUACACUGGUUAGAAAAAUGGACAUAAUGAAAUAAAAGAUCUGCCAGCAUCUGAAACCAUUUUUAGAAUAUAUAAAAAAUGAGUUUGAAAACAAAAAUGGACUGUUAAAUAUGCUGUCUUUUCUUUAAUGUUGUCUAUGUUAAGCCAAUAAAUUACUACUUUUCUGGAUUCAGCAUUUCUAAGAUGCACAAAAUGGAAAGAAAGACAUUUUUUAUUUAGGGAACUUUAAGAACCUGCAACGUUUUGACAAAUAAUGAAAACACAGUCAAAAAACCUGAAUCAAACAUUCCCUAGUGCUAAGAUCCUUCUUUUGGUUGGGAAACACGGGCCAGAGAUAAUACUUUAAUGCAGUCAUUUAUCCGUUGCCUCUGUGUGUAUUUACGGUAUGUACCAGUCCCUCUGCCUUCUUACACUCCCUUCAGUUAGCCUGUGUAAACCUUAUGUUAAGCUAAGCUAACCGUUUUUUUAUCAGAGUUGAUGAAUUUGCAAGAGAAUCGAAGCAUUAGCAAUGCACAAGUUUUUACCGCCGAAUGUGGAAAUGUGAAAGUCACCUGCGGGUGAAUGUAAAAGUUUCUGAAGAUAGAUCUUUUUUUAUUUGUUUUAUUGAAUUCAGCAGUUUUAUUUUUGAUUGUGUUUCUGUCACAUUUGCCUUUUGUAUUCCAAAUAGUGUAUUUGAACCUCUGUCAUUGGAGUAACAUGUACAACUACCAAUCAACCAAAAAAAAAGCUACGAUUUGUCACGUGCAAUACUUUGUAGAAUACUUUUAUUUUUCCUGCUGUUUUCCUCAAAGGUAGGUGACCUGUGAAUUCUUGAUGAAGAACAUUUGAAUCUUCAGGGUCCAGUCAAAUUAAAUCCUGCCACAAAAUGUGUGGAGACCAAACACAAAAUGGUUUGAAAUGCACUGAGACUAAAACGUUGUCACAUCAAAACUGAAUUUCCUAGUGAAAUGCUAUUUUUUAUUUUUGUGACAGACCGCUAAGUGAGUUUGUAAGAGGUAUAAAACACAGUAACACUGCCACUAAGCCCACCAUAUUUGUACUUUUUUUAUUUCAGUACUGCUUUUUUGCUAAAAAUCUGACAAUUCCAAAAGCUUGCAUGAUUUUUUAAAUGAGCAAAAACAUGCAAAAAGAUUAACGAUAUCUGAAAAAAGUGAACCAGUUCCCUCUAUAAGGGUUGUAGGUGUCUUGCUUGUGAUAGAACAAAUAUCUUGGAAUAGUUUUGGCUGCUUUGGAAAGGCCUGCCUCUUAGUAACAAUAGCUGUGUAUGUAUAAUGAAAAAAAACACCAUAUCAAAUGUGGGCUUUUCUUUUAGAACUUUGUAUGCCAUUUUUACAUUCUGCUUAUCCCAAUAUUUCUAUUUUAAUCCAACCCCACUUCGUCAAACCCUGCAACCUCAGUGCUUUAUAAAAAAAAAAAGUGGACAACCAAACUACAUCUACGGGAGCAGAAUUGAAAUCCCAUCAUGUUCAUCUCUGUUAUGAAAAGGUCAACAUAUCUGCAAGAUUCAUAAUCUCUCUCAUUGGCUGUUUCUGUGAUGAAUCUUCGGGCUCUAGAGGUUAGAAGAUAAACGGGACUUCAUUUCCUUAAAACAAAUAUCAUGUUUGGUUUGAAGUCUGAUAAAUAUUUGACCUAAAUACAUAUUUGGCAUUUUAACUUUGAUCAUGUUCUAUCUCAAGGUUAACAAUGACACAAAAGGCUGUAAAAUUAUCUUUCCUCCUUCUUACUUAAAUGCUGGUAAUCUCAGCGCUAAGCCCUCUGGGAAAUGGAGUCCCAAUCAUCCUCCAUUUUGAUCAUGGUCUCCAAUGACAAUGCCUCAGUCUUUCCUGCAUUUUACUUGCCAGCCCUCCUUUUUGAGAAUGUAAAUGAGAAAAUGUUUUUUAAUUCUUAGUGAAGAAAAAAACAUUUUUUGAAAGAAUUUGAAAGGUUUUAUUUUUUAUUUCUAUGGCCAACCUGUAAGCUAGGUAAAAAAAAAAAGAAAAGUGUUUGAACAGGUUUUACAAAAGGUGUAAAACUUUUUUUAUUUCUUAAUAAAAAAUGUGUCUUCAGAAAAUGAA